AUGAGACAUUUAGAAGGAUGCAAAAAUGUGAAGCAACGAGAUGCAAAAGUUGUUUCAAGACAUCUAUUCUUAUACGGUUUUAAGGGAAAUUAUUAUGUUUGGACAAGUCAUGGAGAGAAAUUCUACACUGUUGGUGAGAGUUCUGGAGCGAAUCAUUCAACGGGUGAAGAAGAAAUGUGGGAAAAUCCUACUUGGAAUGCUCAUGAAGAUCACUACCAGGAUAAUUUAGAAGUACCAGCGGACAUUGCACCACCAUACAUACCAGCAGACAUUGCACCACCAGCAGAGACGGAUGUGGCAGAGCCAUAUCGUGACAAUGUUUUUGAAGCAUUUGAAGCUGCUAGUCAACCUCUCUACGAAGGGUGUGCAGACGGAAUAAGUCAGUUGUCUCUUGCUUCGCGGAUAUUGAAAAUGAAGACGGAUUAUAAUUUGGCGGAAACUUGUGUAGAUGAGAUAUCUGAAGUAUUUAAAACAAUGCUUCCGCAGCCGAAUAAUGCUCCAGCAACAUAUUACGAGACAAAGAAACUGACACGAGGGCUUGGUUUACCCGUUCAGAAGAUUGAUGUUUGUGUGAAGAAUUCUUCCAAUAUGCGGUGGCAUAAGGAACAUGUGACUCCGGAAGGCGAAAUGCAUCACCCAUCUGAUGCUAUAGCGUGGAAACAUUUUAACGAGGUAUACCCUGGAUUUGCUGCUGAAAGCCGGAAUAUUUAUCUAUGCUUAUCGACCGAUGGAUUUAAUCCGAUUGGUAUGAAUGGGGAAGCACAUUCCCUUUGGCCCGUUAUUGUAACUCCAUACAAUUUACCGCCGGGAAUGUGUAUGAAAAGAGAAUUCCUUUACCUUUCGGUGCUAAUUCCUGGACCCAAACACCCAAGGAAAAGCUUAGAUAUUUACCUUCAACCAUUGAUUGAAGAAUUACAGAUGUUGUGGAGGGAUGGUGUGGAGGCAUAUGAUAUUUCAAUGAAAGAAAGAUUCAAAAUGCGAGCAGUUUUGAUGUGGACGAUAAGCGAUUUUCCAGCUUAUGGAAUGCUUUCAGGUUUAUCAUCAUCUGUGGAAUGUGGAGGGAAUGGACAUGAUAACCCAUCCAAGACAAUAUCUGGAUAUGGAGUUACUCACAAUUGGGUAAAGAAGAGUAUCUUCUGGGAGUUACCGUAUUGGGAAAAUCAUCUUCUUCGGCAUAGCCUUGAUUUCAUGCAUAUUGAGAAAAACUUCUUCGACAACCUGACGAACACAUUGUUAAAUGCUCCUGGAAAGACGAAAGACAACAUCAAAAGCAGAUUGGAUCUUCCAGGACUAUGCAAAAGACGGGAUUUAGAGAUGAAAGAGGAUGGGACGAUGCCUGUGCCAAUAUUCAGGCUGCCUAAUGCGGGAAAACGAGCAUUUCUUCUCUGGUUGAAAAAUGACAUAAAAUUUCCCGAUGGAUACGCUUCGAAAUUUAGUCGAUAUAUUGCUCUCUUCUUCCGAGAUAUCUCUUCGAAGAUUUUGAAAGAGUCAGAUGUUGGCCUAUUAAAGGCAAAUGUCGGUGUGAGGCUUUGUAACUUGGAAAAAAUAUUUCCUCCAUCGUUCUUCGAUGUUAUGGAACAUCUUCUUGUGCCCCUCCCAGAUGAAGUAGCCUUAGGUGGUCCUGUCCAUUUUAGGUGGAUGUAUGUAUUUGAGAGAUACAUGUAUCAUUUGAAGCAGAUGGUCAAAAACAAAGCACGUAUUGCAGGUUCAAUAGUUGCACAAUGGAUAAAUGAGGAGAUUUCUAAUGCUUCCUCAAAUUUUUUUGGGCAUCCUGAAAUCAUGAGCAUUCCAGAAGGUCCGAAUGAUAUUUGUUUGAAAUACAAUUAUCGGGAUGUACCCCCGUUGUUUUACCAUGAAGGGAGAAUUAGUGGUCAAUGCUCAACUGGUUGGUUGAAUGAUGAAGAUAACACUAUUCUUCAGACAUUUAUGAUGCUCAACUGUGAAACAUUUGCUCCAUAUGAAAGGAUGUUUGAAGAAUAUAUGACAUUAAAUGUUCCUGAUAUUACUCCAGUUGCAAUGCAAAAAGCGAAAGACACCAAAUUUGCUGAUUGGUGCAAGGACUACAUUAAUGAUGCGACUGAGUUUUACACAUUUCCUAUGUGGAUGUUGGAUUUUGUACAAGGUCCAAGGCGUAGUUACAGGUCUUGGCCAAUAUACCACACACGUGGAUACACUUUCCACACUCAUAACCAUGGUCAAAAUAAGAGAACUCAACAUUAUGGUGUAUGUGUACCUGGAACCAACGAGACAGACUACUAUGGUCUUGUACAAGAGAUCAUGAUGGUAGAGUAUCAUGGUGAUGUUGGCUUGAAAGUCAUGGUUUUUAAAUGUUCGUGGUUUGACAACACAACAAAUCGCGGUAUGAGAAUACAUCCAUUUGGUCUUGUUGAUGUCUCACCACGAAGACAAUAUGCAAAAUAUGAUCCUUUUGUAUUACCAGGUAAUUGUGAUCAAGCAUGUUUUAUUCCUUAUCCACGGGUACGUCGACAGUCAGUCGAUGAUUGGUGGGCAUGCGCAAAAAUUAUUCCCCGAGGAAUCCGUGAAACACCAGAAAUUGCGUUAACGGCAUGGCAAGAUGAUAGACGUGAUCAGGUUGCUGAAAGUUCAUUGUUACGGGUGGAGACACAUGUUGUUGAUGAUGUGUCUGAUUAUGAUAUUGCUCCGGUGAAUCCUCCAAACGAUGAAUAUGUAUCUGAUGGUGAUGUAGAAGCAGACCGUGAUUCAGAUGAUGAUUCAGAAUAG